AUUUUAUUAGUUGUUCGGCGGGCGGCUGUGCUGCGCCGCGUUUGCUCCUGAAGAGUUGUCGAGAAUUUCUCUCGAUUCGAGUGCAGUUGAGACUUUAACGUGAAUUUGCGGGCUCUCGAGGGGUCGAUUUUCAACGACCGAUUCACCUUCUGGGAAUCGAUGAUUUAAAUUUGAAAAAAAAAAUUUGUGCUUUCUGUGGAGUUUUCAAGUGUUUGUGGGACUGUGUUCUUGGAUUUUCAAUUUUUGUGAUAAUUUUUUGUGGAUUUUUUUGCCAUUUUUUAAGGUGAAUUUCCGAGGAAAGGGAGUUGAUAAUGUAUUGUUGAUGCUAGAAUGAAGUGAAUUUAGUCAUUUAUCAUGGUCGAACUGGAUUCGACUGGCACUGGUGUGGGAGAUUGUGGCCCCAAUAUUGUUGAUACCGCUAAUUUUGGGGAUACCUCGGGUACCUCAACCGGGCUGAAGCCCGCUGAGAGAAGCGUCUCCUUCAAUCGAGACGUCCACGUCAAGAGGAUCGGCCGUGGAGUGCCGCGUGUGACAUCAGCCCUAGCUGGUGAUGGUGAAGGCAGGUUGAUGCCCACACCAGUUCACAAAGAGAGCAUCGGAGCUAGAAGCAAAGAGGACCUCGCCCAAGAAGCAGCCCUUGUUCUCCACCAAGUAGGAAGUCUAAACUGUGUAGCACGUGACAAUAGACGAUUACCAGGUAAAUUCAAUACAUUACCAGUGCGACGUGGUACCAAGAAACGCAGUGAUUUAUCACCCAACGAUCAGCGUACCAGUGAGAUAAUCAGUGAAUCACCAACAACAAAGCGCAAGAAGAAAUUAGACAGGAGUGUGAGCGAUGCCAGCGCUCAGAAAUACAAGAGCCCACUGGCUAAGCUAUUCUCACCCAAGUUGGAGCGCAAACGUAAUGUAACUGUUAAGAGAAGUGUCAGUGACGUUGGUACGUCUGAUGGUGAAAAGAUAAGGCGCAAGAGAAGUGGUAGUGAUAACGAGACGUGUGAUACAUCAUCACCAACUCCAUCAUCGAGGAUUAAGAAGCAGUUGUCACCGAUAAUUGAGGUGUCACCCCAGAUUGACAAGCCCUUUGAUUUUACCGGUGUUGUGAAGCCACGUGAGCACAUUGUUACGAUUGAAACUGAAGUUGAGAGGGACGAGGUUGACGAGGCUAAGGACAUGCCUCACAGUAGCAGAUACGACAGUCGUGAUACAGGUUCAACCAUACGUAAAAUGAUACACAGAUUGUCAAAUGAUCGUUCACCACCACCACGUUUGACCAGCACGAUGGUGACACCUGGUCCUGGUUUUGGCCACAAUAAUAAUCGACCUUUCUCUUAUACAAGACCCAAUGAUGAUAUAACACAGCCGCCUGUUCAGACGAGCAUCACGAUUUCCGAUAAAAAGAGAGCGCAGAGGAGUCACUCGGACAGUGAUGAGGGACUUGGAUUGGAUCGUAAAGACUCAUCGAGAGAGAAUAGCCCAGCUGAGAAGGACUAUCGAGGGGUCUCUGGGUACAAUGCUUUCUACAACGAGUCACGCAGGAACAAUGAGAUCAAUGGCUUUGAUAAUCGUUAUGACAAGCCUGACAGAUAUACCUCGAAAAUAUUUGUUCAGGAGGAUACGAAUCGAAAUAUCGGGGGGAUAACGAGUAAAACCAGUGAGCUGAGUGCUCGAAGGGAUCUUCUGGAAUCGAGAAUGAAGUCUAGAUUAUUGAAUGAGGAUUCGUUCGCGGGAAAGAGCAAUGGAAUAUUCAGGAAGACCGAGCACGAGAUAAUCGACAAGCCUAUUGUUCCUUCUCCUGUUACACCUGAUCGGGUCUCCUCACCGAAACGCUACUCUGAGACAUACAUCUCGGAGACGAGGACCAAUAGCAAUGGUGAGAAGUACAUCUUCGAGAAGGAGCUGAGGGAGGACAAUGGUAAGGUAUUUGGCUUUGAGAAGAAGAUCACCAACAAGAUCCCGCCGAACUACACGGAACCCAAAUCAGUCCGCGGAAAUGGCUACAAAGUAGAAACGAGAACGGACAAGCAUGGUGACAAGUACAUUAUCGAAACGAAGUUGCACGAUGACUACAACGAGGGUGAGUUUAAGCCCUUCAUGAGUGACAAGAGUCGAACGAGCCCUGAGGAGCGCUUCGAGACCCUCGGCAACAAGAUAUCCUACGUCAAAGCACCGGUGACUGUCAACAGAUUCGUGGAGAACCGUGAAUUCUCGAAAAGCGAAGAUUUCCUGGACCGCGAGCCUCGUAAUGUCUCCCGUAGGCGUGAUCUGUACGUUCCCAAGAUGCGGAAGAAUCUGGAGACAGUCCGGGGUAUUAGCAAGUCGAGUCAACGGUUGGACGAGGUCCUCGAGAAGAGCCUCCCGAGGUCCGAGUACAUAACAAGAUCGCACGAGAAUCUUCGUUUGGACAGUGACUACGUGAACACACGUGACUUUCGUUGCGCGAAUGGCCGGCCAUCUUAUCGAAACGACUUGCGCGAUGGUAGACACAAUGAUGAUUACGAUACUGACAUAUCCCAGAUGACCAACAGCCACUUGGAGACAAAUGGCUACUACGACGAGGAGAAUCGUCGUACAGCUCAGAUAAGAAAGAGAUACAACGGAAGUUAUGAUGGCUCGCCGCCGUCUCGCAUGCGGAAUGACUCGGAGCGCGGUUACAACUCGAGUAGAUACGAUUCAGACGCGACUGGAGGCCGGGAAUCUGUGCAUCGUCGUGAGGUGCGUUAUCGCACUGAGGAAACGUCCAGAAGUGUUCGGAAAGAGCACCGCAAGAUCCCGGAAGAGCGCUCCGUUCCACUGCGAGGAUCGAGAAAUCGGAUAGAUUACUUGGACGACUCGGAGUCAGCCAGAGAGAGCCCAAGGGGUGGGAAGACGAGGCUCCACCAGACACGUCUGGAGACAUUCGACGAGAGCCCAGAGAUGACACCUCGGGUAUUUCACGAGAGCAAAGUCAGAAGAGAGAGACACGAAGCUAGGCACAGAGAGACGGGGCUAACAGACCCUGACAGGAAGGAUCGCCUUGCUGACUCGGGUAUCGAGAACGACUACCGAAGGGACUCUCAUGAAGCGGAUCGUCGGGAGCCUUUGGAGUCGGAGGACGAGGGCUUCGUUACACUUCAGUUCAUCAAGCAUGAACGAAAGCAUACAGAUCGAAACAUGAACUUGACGCCGUUGGAGAAACGCAGGUAUGACAAGUACACGUCCAACAGCAAGGUGACAUCGAAGCCUCCGUCAGGGGUCAACGACAAGAAGUACGAGAAAAAGGUGACGAAGAAGAGUGGUACGAUGAGUAAAGUGCGACAGCUCUUUGGGAAAAAGGAGAAAAAAGCUAAGGAGGAGAAGAGCAAGGGGAAGAGACGUCCUGGUGAUGCCGAUGGUAGUAGCAGCGGUGGAACCGGUGCUCUCACCGAUGAUGAGGUCACUCAGAGGUACAAGGAGUAUCGAGGCGAUCGACUCAGAAGUGCCAAAAGUGCCAGAGAUCUUGACUACGACAUCGAGCAGGAAUACCGAGAAAGACGCCGUUUAUCAACCCCGAGUGAGAGUCCAAGUCCCGGUAGGCCAGCCCGGCUGUCUCGCUCAACUGGCACAUUGACCCACGAGGAGGCCUACUUGGACUCGACCAACACUCUCACACGCGAGAAUCAAACUCCCCCCGAGUCCAAAGGCUGGUUCAAAUCCCUCUCUCGGAAGAACAAAACGAGCACCAAGAAUGUCGACAAAAAAUCACGAAUACCAGAGAGUGAGAUUAUGACGACGGGAACUGAAGACGAGGAGGUAUCAUCAGCUGCUCCAGAGCGCAUAUCCGCAAACAAGAACAUUCGUUUUUGCGGGGACACCGAUCAGGAGUCACUGUCGUCUCACCGUGAUCUACACAGAAAUAAACGAGACGAUCAGCACGUAACAUCGAGACGUGAAAAAACGACAAUUAAUGCGGUACGCCAGGGAAUUCUUAAUGGAGCGAGGAAGCCCGCGAGGCAUGCGGAGAGCGCACUAUCCUCUGGUGAAAGUACCACAGGUGACAGCAGCCAGCAGAGCCAGAAUUCACAAAGGUCACAGAGAUCUGUUGUGUAUCUUCACGCUGCGACCGUCGGCGAAAUUCCAGGACCGAAUGAACGCCGACGGGCCGCCAGCAGGGAGGAGCUCAAUCGUCCAUUGCAAUCGCACACACGUACUGUAUCGAGAAGUGUCAGUGUAUUAGCACCUUGGAAGCCACGGCACUACAGAGAGCCGUUUGAAAUUAAUUACGAUCAGCAGUAUCACAAGCCAACCACAACGCUCCGACGCAGGCAGCGCAGUCGGGACGAGGCGACACUCGGGAGACGGGGCAAGGAUCCAUCGCGGAGGAGCAAAGACAAUUUAUCAAAAACUGGAACGAUAAAUCGCAGUACAUUGAAAUCUAAGGACAAGCAAAAAGUUGACAGAACAGUAUCAACAGAGUCCCUUCAGCACAGUAGGGCCCCAAAAAAUGGCACCUCCAGGGUGGAACUCAACAGGUCUACCUCAGUUCCACGUGAUCCAAACAAGAGCGCUGGAUGGUUUAAAAUCAAGAGCAAAAAGUCACGCCCUUGAUGGGAUAGGCCAUUCUCCAAAUGCUAGUCUCGAGUUUUUUUUUUUCUCUCUUAAUUAAUUAAAAAAUGAACUGGUGGGUGAAAACGAUCAGUCGUUUUUCUCUCGCUCGUCGCCAAUUGUUUAGCAAACACCCUUUCCUCGUAACGUUUUUUUACAGCUUCAGUAGACAUUCGAAUUUACCAAGUUUAUUGUAUUAUUUUAAAACAAACAAAUGCCUCGAAAGAAUAAUGUAACUACUGUUGAAUCAUUCCACUUAAUUGAACUAAUUUUUAUUUUUCCUCUCUGAGAUUUUCGUCUCGGGGGUUGCUACUCUUUUUAUCGAGUUGUUUGUAUACACUGCAGUUACACUGACACAGAUACACAGGAUGAAUAAACAAAGGAAUAAACAAAUUGACAAUUACUAA